AUGUCGUUCUCCCCGUGCAUCAGGGGUCGCAUCUCCUCGCCCCUCGAAGCUGGCCCUUCCAUCGCCGAUGGCCAUCACCUGCCCGCCCACGUCAACGAGGCACUCGAGUAUGCUUCCAAGCGCCUAGGAAGGAAAGCGGCCCACAUCACCCUUUUGGUUGUCCGCCGGGACUACCAAAUACCCACAUCACCCAUCUCUUCUCCAACAUUUACCCCUAGCCCGCGUCUAGUGUCGGCCGGGAGCACACCGUCCAGGUCUACCUUUCCCACCUCGAGGAUCGAAGCCCUCAAGCAGCUCGUCCGGCCAAACAACUCGGGGGAAGCGCAAAUAAGGGAGAGGAUAGUCCACGUUCACCUGGACCAGCUGCGCAAUGGAACUGCUUCGCCGGCUUUCAGUGAGGCGUCGGCAUUUUCGGCCGCCACAGCCUCCUCAGCGUCGACUUCCGACUCGACUUUUAGCCGUAGGAUACGAUGGCCGGGCAGCCCGACGGCAUACGGGAGUGUCCCCGUGACCCCAGCUACCCCAUUCACCGUCAUGUCGUCAUUAUCGGGGGCAGAAGGGAACGGCGCCGGCUCCCGGUUGGGAACGCAAAGCUCGACACAAUUUGGUUUGAAGCUUGUUUAUGCCCACCCCCUAAGCCCACGCGAAGAGAAGGGCCUCACUCAAGCACUCGAGAAGGCGGCGAAGAAGUUCAAAUUAGAUCCCACCUGGCUUCCCCAAGCGGUCUCUCCUUCCAACCUCGGCCUGCCAGCCGACCUAAUCUUAAAGUCAACUGUCCAGAACAAGACGCUCUUUACAUCCGAACGCCUCACACUCUUGUCACUCGAUCAUCUGUACACCUUCCGCACAGCUUUGCAAGCCUACGCCCGCACAAGGGCCACUACCCGGCUCGAGGAUGCUGUCGACGAGUUACGCCGUCUGUUCCUUGCCAACGGGCGUCGCGCCUUGCGCAAGAGCACUCUGCUGGGUGCCUACCGAUGGCUCGAUCCUCUCAACGACGCUGCCUUGGCCGACGUCUGCCGCAUGUACGAGCGGGCGUAUGGGGGCAUCGAAAGAGAAAGCGGCGUGGAGAACGAUGUCGACCCCGCCCCGGGCUGGCCGUUGCCUGAGAGGAAACGGAUCUCGGUCGUUACGGAGCAACCGGUAGCAAAAGGGCCGAGAAUGUCAGUACGACGCAACCGACACACCGAGACCACCGCGCCACCGCAACAUCGCGAGCCGGAGAUUCAAACUCAGAUCGUCGACCUAGCCAAUGCCCUCGACAAGGAGAUUCUCCUCUCCGGCGACCUUCUCCCAGAAGACCAAUCCGAACUCGACGAGAUCGAAGCCUGGUACCGCGAGAUCCAACAACAACAGAACGACUUGCCCACAUCGACGACCAUCGAAAUACACCCGCUACGCUCCCACCCCGCUGAAGAUACUCCAGCAGUCGUCGAGAUCCCCCCCCCCCCCUCGUCGCCGCCCCCGCCGCCACCGACAUCCGCAACCUACCGGAACAGGCCCUGGCACCAGCCAGAGGAACCCACCCUUUCCGAAAUGCUCCGCACAACCCCCAAACUCCGCCCGGCGCCCCCCGGACGAUCGCUCGCCCUAAAGCUGCAAACAACAUUUGAUAAGCCUACCCGAGGCAGCGGCGCCGGCGGCAAGGUACAGCUUUUAAAGCCAACCGCCACAAAACCGCAGGCCCAAACAACAACAACAGAACGGCCCAUCGAGCCGGUGCAGGAAGAGAACGAGGACGACGAGGAGGAGGAACUCACGGCGCGCCCCCACAGCGCCAUCAAGUCGUUCGACAACGCGCGCUGGACAGUCGGAAACGGCGGUGCCAAUGGCGGCGUAUCGAUUGAUGAGCUGAUGCUGCGUGGUAGCGUGGCUGAUGGUGACGUUGGUGGUGGUGGUGGUGGUGGUGAGAAUUAUGGCCACCUGCAGGUGCAACCACAAGGAGACGAUAGGGUCGGGCCGAUGACGCCGAACGGGUACGAUGAUAUCUCGCCCAUCACCAGGGGCGAGUGGGGGUUUCUAAUGUUUGGGAAGGGCAAGACGGCGGGGAUUGGGACGUGUUAA